UGUUUAUGAACCCGCCAUCUUGUGCUCUGACAAAAGCAUCUUCUCCUCGCUUUUCUCAGUAUUUUAGCAUCUAAAUAGCUGCAGUUUAGUUUAAAAAAAGUGUUUUAGUAUCAGAUCACGUAAUUGUGAGUUAAGUCAAGCAGUUUUUGAGCUUAGAAGGAAGUCUUCUACAUGCAUCCAAGCGACAGUUCACCCUUCCUCUGUUUCUUUGUGGAAAAAAUUGGCGCCCAGAGUGGACGAAAACCCGGACGUCAACCCUUUUACAAGAAGAAGUCGAUUAUUAGUUCGCAUAGCAAGCCCAUUUUACAUCGACAGAGACUUUAUUAAGCUUAUACGAAGCGAAGGUUGGUAAACAGGUACGAGAAUAAACAAAAUUUCUCUCCUUGAAAGAAAAAGUUAAUCAGUCCUAAGGUCGAGUUGGUGAAAACAAUAUGAAGCUCUUGGAAAACGCCCGUUUGGACACUCUAAGUGCAGCCAUUUCCACGGACAAGGGAGACAGCCAAAUUGAUGGCAGAAUUGAAAGUUACUCUUGUAAGAUGGCUGGUAGUGACAAAAAACUAUAUAAGAGUCUGAAUGAAGGAUGUGCCCCUCAUGAACUUCAGGCCUUGUCACCACCACAAACUACACACUCAGCAAGCAUAUCACCUACCAACAGCAAUUACCCUGCAGUCCUUACUAGUGCACGGCAGAGAAGGCUGAGCACAGGAAGUCAAGAGGAAGCUGUGCUGUGUGACACAAUCAGUCGCAAGAUGUUGUUCUAUUUGAUUUCCACCCUGAAUGCAUCAUUUAACCCAGAUUAUGAUUUCAGUAAUGUGAAGUCUCAUGAGUUCUCGCGUGAACCAAACCUUCAAUUGGUGGUAGAUGCAAUCAAUGGGAAUCUGUCUGCCAUUAAUGGUGAGACAUAUGUUGCUCUCAGGGCAGGAUUGUGGAGCGCAAUUGAUGAAGAGAUUAAUCUGGUGGAGUGUGACAUAUUCAGCUACAAUCCUGAUCUUGACUCAGACCCUUAUGGUGAGGAAGGAAGCCUCUGGUCUUUCAACUAUUUCUUCUACAACAAGAAAAUGAAGAGAAUAUUGUUCUUUACAUGUAGAGCAACAAGGUCCAUUGCUCAAUACCAGUCUGAUGAAGAUGAACAGUUUGAAAUGGAACCCAUGGAUAUGGCAUUUGAGGAGUCCUCUUUUAGCCGGAAUUCUCCAAUUCUCAUUUCCUAAGUGAAAUCAAGUCAGUGUCGAGGAUUACUUUUUUUGGUUAUUAAAGAGAGGGAGGGAAAGGUGUUAAUUAUUAUUAUUAUUAUUAUUAUUAUUAUUAUUAUUGCUAACCAUCAUGAUACAAUCUUAAAUGUUUCUUGCAAAGACCAUAUGUACAUAUGCAUGAAUACUGCCCACUUAUUUUACCAUCAUACACUUGUAAUAUAACCAUGGUUCUUUAUCAUACUCACAUUUUGUACAGAAACAUUAGUAAGUUUUUUAACAAGUUUAUUUUAAGUGUAAGAUUCACACAUGUAUUUGUUCACUCUUUGGACUAGAGGGUAAUAACAGAUUUAAUGGAGGGGAAGUUUUUAGAAAUAUAAAAAAAAUGUGUGUGCGCAUCUGAUGUUCUGUGCCUGAGUGUAUGACAUGCAUCUGCUUGCUAACAUAUAUAUGAGUGGUACUGUACAUGUAGUUAUUCUUAACUGUUGAACUCUAG